AUGUCAUCGUAUCAGUUUCCACCGAUCGAAUCACCAGAUGAUCUUCCAUUCUGUUUGUAUGAAACAAACGGUCGAUUAAUUUACGGUACUAAGGAGGAAUUAUAUGAAAUGGAAGAGAAUGCAUUGUUAGGUGUGCUUCCUAAAAUUGAAAAUGGAUUAUUAAACCGAUUGCAACAAUCAUCAUCGCGUGAUGGUGUUCGCGAAACCUUCAUGGGCAAUCAACGGAAUGGAUUUCAGCAAACCGUAGGUGGUUGGACUACCAAAGUUAUCGAGAAUCUGGUUGAUCGUGUUAAAAAUGCCGUGAGUAGUACUGUUCCCUACAGUAGUUGGCUUUCAUCUGCAGGUCAGAUCAUCAAUAAAGCUCACUUUGAUAUCACUAAUGUUUUUGCUAAAUCCGAAGAAGGCUUAUAUGAUUCCAUUAUGCAAACUUCAUCUACAUUAAAUUGGCUGACAAAUUGGGCUCGUUGUAUUGCGGUACAUAAUAGCGGUCGUCGAAUUGCGAUAUGUCAAAAUAACGAUUAUAUUAGAAUAUUUUCUUGCGACUCUGAUCGAUUACCUAUUACACUGAAGCACCAAUAUCAGCAAAAUGUAACUGAUAUGGCUUGGAAGCCUUUUGAUCGUAUGGUGCUAGCAGUGGCUUGUACUCAUACUGUGUUAAUUUGGAGGCUCGACAAGCAAAAUCUGAAUAUCCGACCAUCAGUAAAUUGCGCAGAUGUCAUCGAAAUGUCAUCACUUGCUCCAAUCACCCAGUGUUUGUGGGAUUCUGUUUUCAAUCAAGCUUUAUUUAUUGUUUCGGCAUCAUCAUCGUGCUUGCAGGUUCUGGACACAAGUAAUGGUGAAAGCGAAUUAGUUCGUUCUUGGAGUGGUGGCCGUAUUCGUCAUGUAUGGAUUUCCCCUGACGGUAGUAAAAUAGCCGUUGCAUAUGACGAAAAUAUCAUAAGUGUUUACGAUCGUCAUUCAUGGCAUGAAGAACGAUGGAAAAAGUUCAAAGGUCUUUGUGUGGCAGCAGCUUGGACUCCAUUAAGUGAUGUAUUUUUUUUUGCAACAUGUAAUGAGCCCUAUAUUCGUGGUAUUCAUUUUGUUAAAAAACUACAGAAUAUGGAAAAUGAUCA